CGGGUGCCUUGCGCGUGGAUGGAAACUUGGCUGAAGGUGCAUAAACAGCGGGUAAUGAUAAACGGCAUCGAGGAGGUGGUGAUGGCAACGCUGGUAUCGCUCUGCUCCUGCCUGCCCUAGCAGAGCAUGUACUGGAAGACACAGGCUCUGCCCCGCGCAGCCCUCGCAGCACUGCCGGCUGCUCCGUGCUGAGCUGUUGGCAUGAGCUGAGCCGGGCCGUGUGCCACCACCACCAACAGCGACAGGACAUGGGGACCGCACCGGUGCUGACGUAACCCACCGUCAAUGCCCUGGCAAUGCCAACAGUCUGUAGUUUGGGCAGAGCUUGACCCCUUGCAGCUGAUGCUGGGGUGUCUCUGAGGAUGGUGGAUGUGUGUGUAGCCUCACCUCCAGUCUGAGACAACCCAACAACACCAGCACUGACGUCUUCUCCUCCUCUUCAUCUCGUGCAGGGAGUGAAGCACCCAGCACCAAGUGACAGGGAGCUGAGGUUGCUCCAGCACCGCCCCAGCUUUGCUCCCCACCACACUGGCUGCUGCUCACCCAGGGCGAUGCGGAGCCUCGGGCAGCCAAGGCGGGGUGUGCGGCAGCACGGUACCCCGGGGACAUGUGCCGCAUCCUGCCCCACGGCUGUGGCUGACGCGGGAUGCAACGCGGUUACCCAUUAACUGCAGGAAUUUCUGGGGAGGAGGUGAGCAGCAAGCAGUGAGGGGCAACGUGGGGCUCCUUAGACUUUGCUCUUGGCCUGCAUAUAAAGGGCCACGGUGCCCUGCAGACCACUUCGCUGGAGGGACGCGUGGAUGUGGCAUGUGGAUGUGGCACUGCCCUGAGUGCCCGGCCAGUCCAAGCCUCAGCAGGAGCGAUGCUGCCCUACCGGAGGGAGAGCCCGGCCCUGCCCCGCUGCCUGGUGCAGGGUGGAAGGGUGGUGCACGGGCCGCAGUUCGCCUUCUGCCCCAGCCCCCAAGCUCUGCACCGGCUGCCGGCUGCCCAUGCCUGCCCCUUCACUGUCGGGGCAGUGCCUUGCCCUGACCACGGCUUCCCCUGCCCCGGCUCGCCUGGGCGCCUGGGCGAGAGCAGGGAGCGGUAUGAGCUGGAUGUGCUGCCCUGGCAGGGGCCCCGUCUGGGCUUGGAGGAGCUGCAGAGGCCAGAGCUGGGGUUCUGGGCCAGGGUCCAGUCCAUCUGUGUCUCCCUUCUCAAGGUGCCCCUGAUGUUCGGGUUCCUGUACCUCUUCGUGUGCUCCCUGGACGUGCUCAGCUCUGCCUUCCAGCUGGCUGGAGGCAAGGUGGCCGGGGACAUCUUCAAGGACAAUGCCAUCCUCUCCAACCCAGUGGCUGGGCUGGUGGUGGGCAUCCUGGUGACUGUGCUGGUGCAGAGCUCCUCCACCUCCACCUCCAUCAUUGUUAGCAUGGUCUCCUCAGGAUUGCUGGAGGUACGCUCUGCCAUCCCCAUCAUCAUGGGCUCCAACAUCGGCACCUCUGUCACCAACACCAUUGUGGCCCUCAUGCAGGCUGGCGACCGCAGUGAGUUCAAACGGGCCUUCGCUGGUGCCACGGUGCACGACUGCUUCAACUGGCUGUCAGUGCUGGUCCUGCUGCCACUGGAGGUGGUGAGCGGGUACCUGCACCGCGUCACCCACCUGGUCGUGGCCACCUUCAACAUCCGCAGCGGGAAGGACGCCCCUGACCUGCUGAAGAUCAUCACAGAGCCCUUCACCAAGCUCAUCAUCCAGCUGGACAAGUCGGUGAUCACGGGCAUCGCAACAGGAGAUGAGACCCUGCGCAACCGGAGCCUCAUCCGCGUCUGGUGUGGUCCCGCACCCCCACAGAUGGCUGCCAUAGGGUUUGGGCUGCCUCCAAACUGCACAGCCCUUGGCCACUGCAGCACUAAAGGCAUCGGGAGCCUCCACAACGUCAGCAGGCAGAAAUGCGAGCACCUCUUCACCGACACACCACUGCCCGACCUGGCCGUGGGGCUGGUGCUGCUGGCUGGGUCCCUCAUCGUGCUCUGCACCUGCCUCAUCCUCCUGGUCAAACUCCUCAACUCCCUGCUCAAGGGACAGGUGGCCAAAGCCAUCCAGAAAGUCAUUAACACUGACCUCCCACACCCCCUCAGCUGGCUCACUGGGUACUUCGCCAUGGUGGUGGGCGCUGGAAUGACCUUUGUGGUGCAGAGCAGCUCUGUCUUCACCUCUGCCAUCACACCUCUGAUUGGCCUGGGGGUGAUCAGCAUUGAGCGCGCCUACCCGCUGACCCUGGGCUCCAACAUCGGCACCACCACCACUGCCAUCCUGGCUGCCUUGGCCAGCCCGGGGGACAAGCUGGCCAGCUCCUUCCAGAUUGCCCUCUGCCACUUCUUCUUCAACAUCUCCGGCAUCCUGCUGUGGUACCCGCUGCCUUUCACCCGCCUGCCUAUCCGCAUGGCCAAGGCGCUGGGCGAGCGCACGGCCAAGUACCGCUGGUUCGCCGUGCUGUACCUCAUUGUCUGCUUCCUCCUGCUGCCCUCCAUCAUCUUUGGCAUCUCUAUGGCGGGCUGGCAAGUGCUGGUAGGGGUGGGUGCACCCUUCCUCGGCCUCCUCUUCUUCGUGGGGCUGGUGAACGCGCUGCAGGCACGCAGCCCUGGCCACCUGCCCAAAUGGCUGCAGACCUGGGACUUCCUCCCCGCCUGGAUGCACUCACUGCAGCCCCUCGACCAGCUCAUCACCCGGGCCACUCUGUGCUGCACAGACCGCUGCCGUGGCCCGGAGGGCUGGGAGGAACGCGAGGGCCCUCCCUGUGACAAGGCCAGGCUGGGGCUGAGCAACCCCGCGCUCUCCUACCCCGAGGAGGUGCCUGGCCCCGCCAUCCGGGUGGGCUCCCCUCGCCCACCCCUGCACAGUGCCACACGGCUCUAGCCGCUGCCAGACACCUGGGCCACCGCUCUCGUGGCUGCCCUGUUUCCACCAUCCCUGCUCACCUGGUGUCUAAUAAAUGCCAAACGCCUGCG